AUGAUUAAAUUUCAUUAUAUACAUAAUAAAAAACAAUAUUCAGAAGAAUUAGCAAAGCUAUUGAAUAGUCAAUGGCCAAGAUCAGAAUAUUCAAGAAUGGUUUCAAUCGAAAAAUCGAGUGAUCAACUACCAUUAUUUAUAAUAAUGAUUAAGAGCGAUGAAAUAACUGAUGAAAACAAUAAUAUAGUAAAUACCGAUGAAUUGGUUGGAUGUUUGUCAAUUUCUCAAGUAUUAAAUAUUGAUAAAAAUUCAAAGCCAACUGUUUUAAUAGAAAAUGUUUUAGUUAAACCAAUAUAUAGAGGUAAGGGUUAUGGUAAAAUGAUAAUGAAUGAGGCUCAUUCAAUUAUUAAAGAAAAACAAUAUUGUGUCUCAUAUUUAUCUACACACGACAAAAAAGAAUUUUAUAAAACUUUUGGUUACGAAGAGUGUGAACCUUUAAUAACAUCAAAUUUUUCAAGUAAUAGUAGUGGCGCACAAAACAGUAGCAGCGGUGAUAAUUAUAAUAAUGAUAUUGAAGAUGAUAGCGAAAAAGUAUCAAACCUUUUAAGAAUAUUUGGCGGUGGGAAUUCAAAUAAAAUAAAAAAAGAAGAGAAAAUUUAUUGGAUGAAACUAAAUUUGGCUUAG